AUGUCAUCCGGCGCAAACUGGGAGAAGAUCGCUGCGGGGAAGCGCGCAGCUCUCGCGGAAUCCAUUCCGAUAGAGUAUCGCAUACCCCAAGACAAGAUACCACCAGAGUCGCAACUUGACGUAACAACCUGGCCCAAGGAAUCCGGCUGGUUUACGGCGAAUGAGCUUGAGAUUACGGACAGCACAGCAUCAGACAUUCUAAAAAAGGUCGCGGCAAAGACAUGGAGCGCAGAGCAAGUUACAAGCGCGUUUUGUAAACGUGCUGCUGCUGCUCAGCAAUUGACGAACUGUCUCAGCGAUGCGUUCUUCGAUGAAGCAAUUCAGCAGGCCAAAUCCCUCGACGAAUACCUCCGACGUACCGGACAGACAGUAGGGCCGCUCCAUGGCCUACCCAUAUCACUCAAAGACAACUUCAAUGUCAAGGGGAAGGAUAGUACGGUUGGUUUUACUUCAUUGGUGAAUGAUCCAGCAGUAUACAAUUCCACUCUUGUGGACAUGUUGGAGAAACUCGGCGCAGUGCGGUAUUGCAAAACGAACGUGCCAACAGCCAUGAUGAUCGCAGAGUCUGUGAACAACACAUUCGGUCGGACCGUCAAUCCGCUAAAUCGCAAGGUCACUUCUGGCGGCUCCUCAGGAGGAGAGUCUGCUCUCAUAGCAUUUGGUGGUAGCCCCUUGGGCAUCGGAACAGACAUAGGCGGUAGUCUACGCAUCCCAGCAGCAUGUACCGGUAUAUUCACCCUCCGCCCCUCCUUCGGUCGUUUCACCACACAACGGUGUCGAUCCGGUCUCGCGGGCCAAGAAGCAGUACAAAGUGUGAAUGGGCCCAUGGGAAAAACACUCGAGGAUAUUACCAUGUACUCAAAAGCUAUCGUUGACGCACAGCCGUGGAAGGUCGAUCCAAAGAUGCUACCAAUCCCCUGGCGGCCAGCGGAACUUCCAAAGAAACUUAGGAUAGCGGUGCUUUGGAGCGAUGGUAUUUGCUUACCCACGCCUCCUGUUACACGGGCGCUAAAGGAGACGGUUGAGAAGUUGAAGAAGGCUGGUCAUGAUGUUGUGGAAUGGGAUCCUAAGCUCCAUGCGACUGCUCUGCAACUUCUGGGACGCAUGUUUGUCGCAGAUGGUGGUAAGAGUGUUGAAGCGUUGCUUGGUAUGACCGGUGAACCGUAUCGACCUGAGAUGCAACAGUACAAAGAAGCCAAAGAGUUGGGUGUCUACGAGAUGUGGAAAUUGCAUACUGAGAGAUCCGAGCUGCAGCGGCAGUACUUGGAGCAGUGGAUCUCGAUGAGUAUUGACGCUAUUUUGGCGCCUACGACUCCCUACUCCAGUGUGGCCCACGGUGACUUCAAGUACGUCGGAUACACUGGCGUGUAUAAUGUCGUGGAUUACGCAGCUGUGUCUUUUCCCUGCAAAGUAUCUGUCGAUAAGGCUAUCGACAAGCAUGUAGGUGAUUAUAAGCCUUUGAGUGACUUUUGCAAGGAUGCUCAUGAUAGCUACAACCCCGAGCUACUACAUGGCUUACCUGUUAGUCUUCAAUUGGUUGCACAACGACUAGAAGAGGAGAAGGUGCUUGCUAUGACUGAAACAGUCUUGCAAGCUAUACAAUCGUAG